AUGUGGCAGGAAGAGUUCCGGCGCCCGAUUCGAGUCUGGUCGCGUGAUUGGGCCCGAAGGGAGGUGCAGGACUGGCGGAGCCGCUGGGAAUUCAGCUGGAAGCGCCGGUGGCGGACGCACCUGUCCCGCUCGGACCAGGCCGUGUGGCAACCAUGCGGGCGCCUGCUGCAUGACGUGUGGUCCUGGAAUUUCAAUUUGGAGUGGGAUGGUCUGCUGUCCCUCCUGAAAGGGCCUGUCAUGGUAGCGCUGGACACCGAGUUCCCGGGUUUCCUCCACAAGGAUUAUCCUUUCGCGGACCGGAAUGCGCGAUACAUGGCCUUGCGGGAGAACGUGGACUUUCUCUGGCCGAUCCAAUUUGGUCUCGCAGUGGCCGACGAGCACGGAGGCUUCUUGGGCGCGUGGACCUUUAAUCUGUCUUUUGACCUGGCGACGAAUUUAUACUCAGAGGAGAGCAUCCGAUUCCUGCACGCCGCCGGGGUGGAUUUCCCUCGGCACGCCGUGGAGGGCAUCGAUCCUGCGGCCUUGGCGUGGAGGUUAGGGGGCUCGCCCCUGGUCGGGGAGGGCCCCGAAUGGGUGACCUUCUCCGGUUGGUAUGACUGGGGCUACUUGCUGAAGCUCCUCAUCGGCCGGCCACUGCCCUACGACGUCGCCUCCUUCGACGAGCUGCUGGCGGCGCUGUGCCCCGUCCGCCACGAGCUGCGUGAUGUGCUGCCCCGGGGCUCCCUGGAUGCCCUGCUCGGAGCUUUUGGCCUCGAGCGCCUGGGCCCUGCCCACACCGCCGGCAGCGACGCCUUGGCCACGCUGGAGCUGUACCUCCGCGUGCGCCAGGCGCCGUCGCUCACGCCGCCGUCGCCGUCGCCGUCGCCUUUGGCGCCUUUGGCGCCUUUGGCCUCGCCCCUUUCCCAGGGUGAGCGGGCAGAGGCCAGCCCCAGCGAGAUCAGCACCUGCAGCGAGAUCCACGAGCCCAAAGAGGCGCCGCAGGAGCAGGAGCCGCCGCCCGAGGAGAUGGACGUUGCGUCAGAGCCGGAGGCUGAGGAGAGGCGAUCUGAGGAGAGCGCCUCGGAGAGCGAGGCGGAGGCACGGCCGCGGAGGGCCCGGCGUCGCGCUCGAGGCUUCGCCAAAGGCCGGCGCUCCGAGCGGAUGCUGAAGGAGCAGAUCGUCUCGUUCAUGGACAUCUCCGACAACGAGGUCUGGGAGCCGGUGCUCAAGGUCUUCCACGCCACCGGGGCGGGGAGCUUGUGCCUGGCCAUCGCGGUCUUCACCUUGCUGGUCUUCAGCGGCUUCUAUCUGCUGCUCUAA